ACUGCUGAGAAGGCCAUGGCGUAAUGCAACUGAAGAACUGGCCAACGGAAAUGACGGAAACAUACACAAUGUCGCGUUAUUUAUUUCAAAUUGCAGCAUUUCUGCCAAGAAAUUUCAUAUCUGGAUGUGGUUGUCUACGAUCGGUUUAGCAGCAUAGACACGCGGGAGUUUUAUAAACCACAGAACAAGCCAUCAUGGUUAAAGCAUGGGUUCGCCACGACCACCCCUAUGCAGCCCUACCGAGUUUUACCAAUAUUCACUCUCGGAUGCCUGUGAUUGGGAACUUAGAUGAUGAGAUGAAUAACAGGCGUUUCACAACUAGGAAGAGGACCUCACGUAAAAAGGCUGCGAACGGAAGCAGCAAGACAGCUUCACUGAGCAGCACCGAGGUUGGCCUUACACCUGCCGCAGAUGGCAGUGCAGCUGCUCGAGGCGCCAGAAUUGAUGACUACUUCUCGUGUCGGAACGGACAACCAUCGACGGAAGCGUCCGGGGAGUGUCCACAAGUGUCUCGUGUAGAUCCUCACACAGAGGUUGAUGUGCCAUGUCCAAAUGCGGCUGCCCUACCAGGCAGCAUAGUGGCAGAAAAUCCGCCGUACAAACACAGCGGGGUGGAGUCUCCACAAAAUACCCGCGUAAAGACUGUAUCUGCGAAGGCGACCGCAAAUAAGCACCAAAGAACGCAGAGAGGAAGUGCUGGAAAGACAAGCAAGCAAGACGCAAGUGAGACCACAAAGAAGGCCGAGGUACAGAGCCAUGCACUGACGGAAUACUUUCCCGUAAGAAGAAGUGUGCGGAAGACACGGACAACACUUAAGAAAGAAAAGCAAAAGCAUGUUGAAGAAGCCAUUCUCACUGGAAAUGAAGAGGGGUUCGAAGUAGUAGAGCUUGACGACAAGGGACGUGGUGUAAUCACCACCAAACAUGUGCGUGCUGGGGAAUUUGUUCUGGAAUAUGCGGGCGAACUCAUCAGUGUACACGAAGCAAAGGAAAGGGAGCAUAUUUAUGCCAAAGACAACUCCAUAGGCUGUUACAUGUACUACUUCACAUGUAGGAACAAACAGUAUUGUGUGGAUGCAACACAAGAGAGUGGUCGCUUGGGUCGUCUGGUCAACCAUAGCAAGAAGGGGAAUCUGAAGACUCAGACCUGCAUUGUUCAAGGCACCCCUCGCCUUGUUCUUGUAGCUCAACGAGACAUUACUCCGGGGGAGGAACUACUCUAUGAUUAUGGGGACCGCAGCAAAGCUUCCAUACAGUCCUACCCAUGGCUAGCAUUAUAGCAUACUUGGUACACAACAUCAUCCCCAUGGACAUUGCUUUUUUUUUUUCCCCUUUUUUUUUGCUACGGAUGGCGGUAACCAUUGUCAACACAUGCUUGUUCACAAAUGAAGUUAAUGACACGUUUCAUAAGAACAGGCAUUGCAAGAGUAGCAUUAUUAAAUUUCAGUGAUAAGGCAUCGGCCUGCAGUAAAAAUUAUUUUGGGUGAAUUUUUUAAAGUGGGUUCUAGGAGUCUUAGUGUGUUGCUGAACUUUAGUAAAUAUGAAAGUACGGCAGCAUCCCUAAUGAUUUCACACUUGAGGGAAUCAAGGCAUGGGCAGAAUCGGAGCCGUUUAUGGGGGGAACUUUCGCCAAUCUUUGAUCUUUUGUGCCUGGCAAUUUUUCUCCUGUGAUACUGACAGUCCCUGCCAUUUGCUUUGGGAGUAAUUUGGAUUUCCAGUUCGGGAUUUAAAAAGGAAAAGAGAAGCCAAUGUAAUCAGAUUAUUUUAAUUCCCUGUCUUAUGCCCUGUAGCUUUGUUUAAUGAAAUCUUGCGUGCAGCAAAAUACAGUGCUGAUUUUACAACACACUGUUGUGCUGGCAUAUAGAAAUCAUGCUGCUAUGUCGCAGUAUAAACUCCACCCUCUUUUUGUGCUCAUCUUUUUUACAAAUGAUACUUUAUAGUCUGUAACAUGCAGUAUACAUAUGUGUACAUCUAGUUCCGGCAACAUUCUGAGGAGGGCCACAAGUGGAUGUCGUCAUAUGCCACUCCGUGAAGCAGAACGGAUUUUUGUUUUCCUAUAGUUGUGCUUGGGGGAAAAUGGUUGCAGCAGGUAUAUGUCACUGCUGCACUAGUUCAGUGCUUAUGCUGGGUAUGCUGUGAAAAAUUUGUAUCAUUUCGGGUGGUACAGAUUCCCUCACUGUGAAGUAUCCUUAGCACCACGUGGAAGCCAUGUAUGUUUUGCUAAUACCGCCUAUAUAUUUUUGUUAGAGACUGCUGCACUUCUUUCAUGUCUCUGAAAAUAUAGAAAUAUUUUCUGGGCACAGCUCUGUCAUAUUCAGAUUUGCUAUGAUAGGAGCACUGGAAAGCAUUUCCAAAGGGAACUGAUUUCAACAUAAUAUUUCCUGAUGCACUGAGGUGCAAGAAAUUGUGAGCAGAUGCAGCGUGCCUUUCACAGGCAGUGUGGUGUACACGCUGUCUAUCAUAAAGUGUGUGCGCUACAAGUGCCCAAGAAGACUAUGUACCAUCUUGUAUGUGCAUCAAGAACAGUCACGUGCUUUAUUCUUGUGUAUUAUAGCUUGCAGAGGCAAAUAUGAGUUGCGAGACUCUAGCGUAACGCAAUUGCUCUGUGUUCCAUUUUACUUAUUCAACACCCUUUCCGUCGCAUGUAAUUGAAUCGUGCAACGCGUUAUUUGCGGAAAGCCUUCACACCUGCUUUGGUGCUAUGGGUUGCUUCCUCUUUUAACAAAAAAAAAGCACAAUUCAAAAUAUGUUUUGGCCUUCACGGAUUGCUCGAGCAGCAGCACAUUGCCAUCGCGAAUUUUUGUUGCUGUGCCGUAGUCGCGAUAUCUUCACGACUGUUUAGUGUGUUCUCGGAUGCCAUUGUUUCACUUUGUCACAAGUAUUUAUUCUUGUUUCAUCUGCUUCUCAAAGUGCCUAUGGCUAGCUCCGCAUUGACAGAUCUUGAAACCCAUUUCACACGCAUAUUUUAGGGUGCCUUCAAGGACUGAUCUGUGUGAUAUCUUUCUGGCAUAUCCAGACAGGAAGUGAAUUAUUCUUGUUUGUGAAUUAUUCAGUCAUACUUUCGAAGUCACACAUAAAUUUGUUUGUCACUGCCAUAAUUUAACAAUGAAGUCACUUGCUUUGAUAGUUCAUUCCAAUGUUAUGUCUGCUUCGAAGGGACAGUCCAUCGUACCACUUAUCACAUCAUGUCUGAUGUAACACCUCCCCAUCUGUUGCACAGUUGUGGGUGUUUAAUUUCACAUGAAUGUGAGUAAUCGCUGUUAAGAAUAUGCGGUGCAAUGCCAGCAAAAUCCAAGGCGCUCUUUGACCACAUUGUGGAAUAAUGGUUCCAGGUGGCUGUCCCUUCACGUUACUAUUGUACAUAUGCUAGUCUUGUAUACUACAUUUUCACUGCCCAUACUCCACAAAUAUACACAUAACUUGG